AUGACUCGAAGGUCUGUUAUCGAUAGACUUGUCGAACGGAUAACAUCUGAUGAUGGGUGGAGGUGCUGGUUCGAUGACUCGAUACGAAGCACGGAGUCAAAGUUGGGGUAUUGUUUUGCUGUUGUUGCCAGCUUGUGUUGCCAAGCAACGAGAUUCUUGACUGAUUGUCGGUUUACUCAAUGGUUCGAAGGCUCAACCGACCGAAAGCAGAAAGUAAACAAUUCACAGGCCUUUGCUGGUAAAACGGUUGACGAAGAACAAAGGGGUAAACAGAGCUGGGUAUCAGGCCGUUGGGAGACGCUACGUGCUUCGGCAGAUGAGGAGAGGACGGAGUAG